CACACACACCUCUCUGUCACCAACCCUGAAAAGCAUGUCCGACGCCAACACCAACCCUGUCGCUGCCCCGCCCGCCGACGCCACCUCCAAGCGCGAGCGUGAGGAGACCGCAAACGAGCUCGAAGACGCUGCGCCUGCCCGCAAGAAGUUCACCUUUACGCCCAAGAAGGUGCCUGGCGGGGUGGUGCCGUCGCUGAUAGUUGAUGGUGCGCGUGCGGCCAUCGAGUUCUAUGGCAAGGCCUUUGGCGCCACCUGCACCUCGGCGUACGAGGACGAUGCCGAGGGCUCGGACAAGCUUCAUUUUGCCGACGUGGUUGUGCCCAUUGGCGGCAACGACUUCCACGUCUACAUCUUUGACGACUUUCCCGAGUACAACGGUGGUAAGCCGUCGCAUCCGGGCGCCGACGGCCUCAACGGCACCUCGUGCGCUGUCACACUCAACCUCAUUUCCGCAGCCGACGUCAACACGUGGCACGAUCGCGCUGUCGCCGCCGGUGCCACCUCGCUCCGCCCACCGGCCGACCAGCCGUGGGGUGACCGCUUUGCCCAGAUCAAGGACCCGUUUGGCCACAAGUGGUCCAUUUGCUCCUUUAUCGAGCCGACCUCGUCCUCCUAGACCGUGCCCACCUAUCAGCCACCAGCCACUGCCCACCAGCCACCG